GAUUCAAACCUUAUUAGUGUGAUCUUGUGAAACUGUACGUCCAUAACGUCCUUCAUUUAUUAUGUUAUGCAGACCAGGUUAAAAAAAACAAAGGUAAAGAAUUUUUAUUAUAGUCCUUUAUGGUGAAUCGGAGGUGGUGCCCCUUUUUAAAAUUGGGUUAAAAUGUUCCUAUCGCUACAUGCUAAUGUGGUUUAUUUAUUUACGUGAUGUUUUCUGUGGCCUUAAAUCACCGUCACUGUGUCUCUGUGUCUCCUCUGUCAGUCAUGUCUUCCUCCAGCAGUCUCCUGUCUGAAGAUCAGCUCCAGUGCUCUAUCUGUCUGGAUGUGUUCACUGAUCCAGUCUCUACUCCAUGUGGACACAACUUCUGCAUGAUCUGUCUCAAAGACUUCUGGGACAGAAGUUCACGCUACAAGUGUCCAGUUUGUAUGGAGAAAUUCCACAAAAGGCCUGAGCUGCGUGUGAACACCUUCAUCUCUGGACUGGCUGCUCUGUUUAAGAAGUCAGUUCAGGUCAAAUCCAACAGAGCUCCAGAGAAACGACCUUCCAAACGUAAAAGGGUGAUGUGUGACUCCUGCAGUGAGGAAAAGCUGAAGGCUCAGAAAUCCUGUCUGGACUGUGGAGUAUCUUACUGUGAGACUCAUCUAGCGCUUCAUAAAACCACACCUAAACUGAAGAAGCACAAACUGAUGGACCCUGUGGAGAACCUGGAGGACUACAUCUGCCAGAAACAUGAGAGACCCCUGGAGCUGUUCUGUAGAGACGACCAGACGAGUGUGUGUCAGUUCUGCACAGAGACAGACCACAAGACUCACAGCACUGUUCCUAUAGAGGAGGAGAGUGGAGAGAGGAAGACUCGGCUGGUGAAGACACAGAGAGAAGUUCAGCAGAAGAUCCAGAACCGACUGAAGAAGGUUGAGAAGAUCAAACACUCUGUAGAGCUCAGUAGAAAAAUCACAGAGAAGGAGAAAGCAGACAGUGUGGAGGUCUUCAGAGCUCUGCUGCGCUGCAUUGAGAGAAGCCAGGCGGAGCUGCUUGAGGUGAUGGAGGAGAAGCAGAAAGCAGCAGAGAGGCAGGCUGAAGAGUUCAUUAAAGAGCUGGAGCAGGAAAUCACUGAGCUAAAGAGGAGAGACACUGAGCUGGAGCAGCUCUCCCACACUGAGGACCACCUCCACCUCCUACAGGUUUACCCGUCCCUCUGCAGCCCUCCACACACCAAGAACUGGACUGACGUCAGGAUUAACACUCAUCUGAGGGUGGAGACUCUGAGGAGAGCUCUGUCUCAGCUUCAGGAAGAGCUCAGUAAGGAGAUGGAGAAGAUUCCUGAGAUCAAAAUGAAGAGAAUUCGGAAAUAUGCAGUGGAUGUGACUCUGGAUCCUGAUACAGCUCAUCCUCAACUCAUCCUCUCUGAUGAUGGGAAACAGGUCACAUGUGGAGACAAACGACAGAAUCUCCCUGAAAACCCAGAGAGGUUUGAUUAUUGUUUCUGUGUGCUGGGAAAGGAGGGGUUCUCCUCAGGGAGAUUUUACUAUGAGGUUCAGGUCAGUGGGAAGACUGACUGGACGUUAGGAGUGACCACAGAGUCCAGUAAGAGGAAGGGGAAUAUUACAGCCAGGCCCAAGAAUGGAUUCUGGAGACUGUUUCUGAGGAAUGAGACUGAAUAUAAAGCUCAGGAUUCCCCCUCUGUCACCCUCUCCUUGAAACAGACCCCCCAGAAGGUGGGGGUGUUUGUGGAUUAUGAGGAGGGUCUGGUCUCCUUCUAUGAUGUUAAGGCCAGGUCUCAUAUCUACUCCUUCACUGGUCAGUCUUUCACUGAGAAACUCUAUCCGUACUUCAGUCCUUACCUCAAUCAUAGAGGUGCAAACUCAGCACCACUGAUCAUCAAACCUGUUAGACGUCCUAAAUGAAGUGCUUUUUCCUUCAAUCAAUCAUCCAGAAAUGCUCUGCUCAGUUCACUGUGCCUGGCUAACAGCAGCCGACUGAAUGUGGAACAUAAGCGAGACU